UGUGUGUCACGCAGUAGCGGUUUGCGGGCAGCUAGUGAAACAUCGGACCAAAACCCGCAUCUCUCCGCCUCCCGCACUCACAGUGGACGCUGUCCGUUGGUGUCAGUGGACGCUGCUCGUUCCAAUAAGCGCUGAACACCGAUGUUUGCGUCCGACUGCUUUUUAUCCGCAGCGGCCACUUCCUCCGUCUCUGGCCGAGCUAGCUCAGCAGCUAGCAUCCAGAUAGCCUGUUAGCAGCGCCGCUGAUGGCAGCGCCGGGGAGCGGGUCGGUGCGGGAAGACUGAGACUCUGCAUGGCGACGGACCGGCAGCAGCGGGAGUGAGCAGCCAAUCAGCCUCCGGUAGCAACAUGGCGUCCCGUCAGAGGAACUCGGUCCGGAUCCUGUCGAGCCGGGAGCGAGGCUCCCAGACCUUCGGCUCCCAGAGGCUCCUGCAGCUGCUGGUGGAGGAGAAAGUCCGCUGGAUGAAAUGGCAGAGUCAGAAAGUGGAGCUGCCGGACAGCCCGCGCUCAACCUUCCUGCUGGCAUUCAGCCCCGACAGGACCCUCAUGGCUUCCACACACGUCAAUCACAACAUUUACAUAACGGAGGUGAAGACUGGAAAGUGCCUACAUUCCUUAGUGGGCCACCGUAGAACCCCCUGGUGUGUGACCUUUCACCCCACAAUCCCCGGCCUGGUGGCCUCCGGGUGCCUUGAUGGUGAAGUCCGCAUCUGGGACCUGCAUGGUGGGAGUGAGAGUUGGUUCACGGAGAGCAAUGUUGCCAUUGCGUCCCUGGCCUUCCACCCGACCGCUCAGCUGCUCCUCAUCGCCACCAACAACGAGCUCCACUUCUGGGACUGGAGCCGACCGGAGCCCUUUGCCGUGGUCAAGACGGGCAGCGACACGGAGAGAGUCCGGUUGGUGAGGUUUGACCCUCUCGGUCACAACCUCCUGACGGCGAUCGUGAAUCCGUCCAAUCAGCAGAACGAGGAGGACUCGGAGGUUCCUAUGGACAGCGUGGAGAUGCCUCACUUCCGCCAGCGCUCCUUCCUGCCUUCCCAACCGGUUCGCCGCACGCCCAUCCUCCACAACUUCCUCCACAUCUUGUCGUCUCGCUCCCCGGGGGCUCAGGCGGGAGGCGAGCAGCCGCGCCCUCUCGGUGAGAACGGAAGCAACGUUGGAGAAUCUCCCAGCAUGCCUCUGGCCCAGUACCCCAGCUCUGAGCGCGGGCCUCCCUUCCCGGGCUGCACCCAGCACCUGGGCAUGGUCUGUCUGUGCAGUCGUUGCUCCGUCAACCGCAACCCCUCCCUGGCUGCCGGCGCCGCCCCCUCUGACCCCAGGGUGGCGUCUGACCCUCCCCAGCCCCCCCUGGCUUCCACGUUCUCCUCGGCCCGUACAGAGCCCAGACAGCCCUCAGAGCGACCCUCCGCCUUCACCUCGGUCUACUACAGCGCCGGCACUUCUCUGAAUCUCACUGCGAGCAGCGGCAUCGAGCCGCACUCCACCUCCAGACCGGGACCCGACUGGACCCGCAACCUGCUCAGUAUGAGGGAGGGCGGGGUUGGUCCAGGUAUGCUCCCUCCCAGGACCUCCUCUUCCUCCAUCAGCCUGCUGUCAGUGCUCCGGCAGCAGGACGGAUCCUCUCAGUCCCCCGUCUACACCUCGGCCUCUGAGGGACGGGGUUUCCCCCAGCAGGGAGAGCCGGGGGCCCGAGACGGCGCCGGUACGAGCAGCGGGCAUCAUCCGUUCUGGGAUGGCUCUCGCAGCAACACGGCCUCCUUCCGCAACGUGCUGCAGUGCAACCUGAGCCGCUACUUCAUGGAGUUCGACCGUAUGCAGGACCUGGAGCCCUCACUGGGGGGCAGCAUGGCGGACGGGGGGCAGGAGCAGAGCCAGGAGCUGCUGAAUAAUAACAUGGACCCAGAGAGACCUGGGCCUUCCUCAUCUUCCUCCACCUCCUCCCCCACCAUCAUCCACUACCAGCCUCCUCUCCCCCCUCCCCCUACCUCCCACAGCCUGGAGAACAAUGUCCCUCCCCCGGCCUCCCGGGGCCAUCUGAACCGCUGCCGGGCCUGCCACAACCUGCUCACCUUCAACCACGACUCUCAGCGCUGGGAGCGCACCAACCAGGCCUCCUCCACCUCCGCCUCUUCUCUGGAGCCCUCCUCCUCCUCUUCCUCCUCGUUCCCUCCCUCUUCUUCCCCCUGGCAGGCUGAGGAGGGCAGGAGGACGCUGGAGGUCCAACCCCAGGAGAGGAGGGCGCCUCCGGAGCCCAGCGAGCAGCCGCCUCCCCCUGUAGGCGGAGGAGCAGGAACUGUGGCCUUCCCGAUAGCGCCGACCCCCAGCCAGCCCGCAGAGCAGACGGUGGGCCUGGUGUACAACCAGGACACGGCACAGUGGGAGAGGGUGUACCGGCAGGCCGCUGCUGGCAGAACGGCAGAGCCACCGGAGGCCUUAAGCCAAGAAAUGCCUGUUGACCCCCCAGACGAGGACUCCCUGAGGAGGCGACUGUUGGAAUCAUCUCUGUUAUCCUUGUCUCGCUACGACAUGUCCGGAUCAAGAGACCAUCCCAUUUACCCCGAUCCAGCCAGGCUUUCUCCAGCCGCGUACUACGCCCAGAGGAUGAUCCAGUAUCUGUCGAGGCGGGACAGCAUCCGCCAGCGCUCGCUCCGCUACCAGCAGAACCGCCUGCGGGCCAUGUCGUCUUCGUCCGACAGCCCCGCCAGCAACCCGACCAGCUCCAUGGACAACAGCGACGUGGACUUUGAGGAGCUGGAUGAUAAUGGAGACAGAGCAAGACACAGGACGCCACGUAACGCCAGGAUGUCUGCACCCUCGCUGGGCCGCUUCGUCCCACGGCGGUUCCUCCUCCCCGAGUACCUGCCCUAUGCUGGGAUCUUCCAUGAAAGAGGGCAGCCCGGCCUGGCCACACACUCCUCUGUCAACAGAGUGCUCGCUGGUGCAUCCAUCGGGGACGGUCAGUCUGCAGUCGCCAGCAACAUCGCUAACACCACCUACCGUCUGCAGUGGUGGGACUUCACCAAAUUUGACCUGCCUGAGAUCAGCAACGCAUCGGUCAACGUUCUGGUGCCAAACUGUAAAAUCUACAACGAUGCCAGUUGUGACAUCUCUGCAGACGGUCAGCUGCUUGCGGUCUUCAUUCCCAGCAGUCAGCGGGGUUUCCCAGACGAGGGCAUCCUGGCCAUCUACUCCCUGGCUCCCCACAACCUGGGAGAGAUGCUCUAUACCAAGAGAUUCGGUCCUAAUGCUAUCUCUGUUAGCUUGUCUCCAAUGGGCUGCUAUGUGAUGGUGGGUCUGGCCUCUCGCAGGAUCCUGCUGCAUCCCACCACCGACCACAUGGUGGCGCAAGUCUUCCGCCUACAGCAGCCUCACGGGGGAGAGACUUCCAUCAGGAUGGUGUUCAACGUGGUUUACCCCAUGGCUCCAGACCAGCGGCGCCACGUCAGCAUCAACUCCGCCCGCUGGCUGCCGGAUCCGGGGAUGGGUCUGGCUUAUGGAACCAACAAGGGAGACCUGGUCAUCUGUCGGCCUGUUUUCUAUAGAAGUGAUGGUGAGAGCCCCGCGGAGUCGAGCAGCGAGCCUUUAUUCUCCGUCAACAACAGCGGAACCAGUCGGACCCGAGGUUCUGACAGACCGGGGCCGAACCGCUCCGGCUGGAGACUGGACAGAGACAUGGGUCUGAUGAACGCAAUUGGUCUUCAACCCCGACACCCCGCCCCCUCCGUGACAUCACAGGGAACCCAGACGCCAAUCAUCCAGCUGCAGAACGCCGAGACGCAAACAGAGAGGGACCUAUCAGAGCCCAGCGUCUCCCAGACCGCACUCAUUGUUCCCCCUGAGACUCCCUCCACAAGUGGAUCGGCUCCGGGACAGCUGGAGGCUCAGCCCGGUAGAGCUCAGGACGGCAGCCAGGGUGAAGGUUCAUCAGAGGCCAACACGUCCACAGCUAGUACUGCAGAGUCUCCGGAGUUCGGCUCGGGUGAAGACGCUCUGGCACGAAUCCGCCGGCUGAUUGCGGAGGGCGGGAUGACGGCGGUGGUCCAGCGAGAGCAGAGCACCACGAUGGCGUCCAUGGGCGGCUUCGGGAACAACAUCAUCGUCAGCCACCGCAUCCACCGCGGCUCUCAGACCGGCACCGGGGCCUCCAGGCCCACAGCUGACCCCGCAACCCCCUCCACCUCAGGUCCCCUCCUCAUCGCCCCCCCGCAGGCUUCCAACCCGGCCGAACAGCUCGCUCCCAUGUGGGGCCCCCAGGUGCUGCCGGGUCCCCGGCCCUCCGGCCUCUCUCUGGCCGUGGACAUGGACGACGUGUUCGACGGGGGCCGAACGGACGACGACUCCCUGCCGGGGCCCUCCUCUUCCUCCCUGCUGUUGUCUUCCCCCUCCUCUUCCUCCUCCUCCUCUCACAGCCCCCUCCCCGAUGGCGGGGUGCCCCCCCCCAACAGUUACCCUGGCGACCCGUACAGCAGGUAGGAGCUGGUGGGUCAGCAGGGGGCGCUCCUCGAAGCCUUAUCUCUCAAAGAAAUGGGUGCUGCUUUGACUCUGCACAGGGUCUCCCGCCUGGAAAAGAAGGGACUCAAGAACCCCUCCUCACCCCCCCCUCACCCCCGUGUGCACUUCCUCCGCACUUAAACCGGACUGAAGCCGAACCGCCAUCAUUCCUCGCCAGAAAGGGCUCCUACUUGAACGGGGGCCAGUCAGCUGAGCUCCUCUCUGCCCGGGGCGAGGGCCGAGGGAGGGGGGGGUCACAUUUACUCCAACGUGCUGCAUUCGGUGCCAUGUGAUGUUUGAUGUGAAAUAGUGUUUGAUUGAAGUGUUUCCAAGUGAAUUCAGCACUACUUUAUUUGGUUUUUGUACUGUGUGUAAUUAUGAUGUUUGAGAACUGGACUCGACGGAGGACACGCCCCCCCCCCCCGAGGAGAACUGAAUCAUGGAGUACUGAACGGACCCGAGACUGAACGGACCGAGUCUGCUGCAUGCUGCAGGUCAUCAAAUAAACACUUUGUUUUAAAGAGGACAACCCUUUCCUGUCGGGGGAGAGAGAGAGCGAGGGGGGGGGUUCAUCAUGCCCUGCUCCAAAACCCCCCCGCCCUCUAAUACCCUCCCAACCCAGUUGCACUAUAGUGUGUUCGGUGCUACCAGUGCCUGUGUGUGUGUGUGUGUGCGUGUGUGUGUGUGUGUGUGUGUGUGUGUGUGUGUGUGUGUGUGUGUGUGUGUGUGUGUGUGUGUGUGUGUGUGUGUGUGUGUGUGUGUGUGUGUGUGUGUGUGUUCUUUUCCACUGCAGGAAAAAAACUAAUUUGGUUUCCAACAAUUAUGAAAACGUUCGACGUUAGAUAUCGGCUGUGGACGUAUUCGCACCAGAUUAGCCGCUGUGGAGAUUAGCGUGCGGUUGCUCUCAGAAUCCCACCAGGCGUGUCCCUAAUGUUAGCUUAGUAGCUAGCUGAUUUACAUUAAUUGUUGGUUUGUUUUUGCUAAUGUAGAUUUGUUAGCUAGCCUUGUAUUCACUAGCUUACAAGCCACCUACCUAGCUAGUUAACCACUGAUGUAUAUUAGCUAGUUUGUUUGUGGCUGGCUAGCUUAGCUACAACAAUCCUUAGCUAGCUAGUUGCAGCUAAUAGCUAGGGUGGUUGGCAAAACGCUUGUUAA